CCCAGAAAAAAAAACUUUCCUUAAUUCAUGAAACUCUUCUUCUUCUACGAAAAUCUCUUUGCUUUUCUCACGAAACUUAAUUAAAAUAAAAAAAAUAAGAAUUUCCAUAAAUAUAUAAAUGCUAUCAAAGAUUUUCUCAUAUAUUCUUUUCCUCCAAAUUUCUCUCUCUAAAUCUUUGGAAAAUCUUCAUCCCCUAUCCUAAAAAAACAAAAAAAUUCCCUAUAUAAAAAGCCCUAAUUCCUCUAACCCUUUUUCUCAUUCCAGUCUCUCCGUUUUCUUCUUCUGUUUGUGAUUUAGUCUGUGUUUUUUUCUUUCUUGUUGUUGUUGAGUCCAUUAAUGGCGAGCUGGAACAGAGGUGGUGGUGGUGCUAGAGUUGUUGAUCAAGGAGAAGAAGAUGAUGAUCAAGAAAAAGUAGUCAAUAAUGGGGGUAUGUAUAACAACAACAGCAGCAGCAACAACUAUCCACCACAACUUUUGUAUGAAUCUUUAGAAGACCAGUUAAAUAGCCUAAACCUUUUCAAUCACCAACAAAAUCAACAUAAUCUUCAUCGUCAACAACAGAAUCUUCAAGAUUUGUAUUCUGAUUUUUCUUAUGGUAUUGUUCCUUUUCCUUCUCCUAUUCCACCAGUACUACCAUCAGCAUUACCUGUUGUUAAUCCUGGUUCUCUUCAACAGCCUUAUGCUAAUGAAAUGCUCCUUAGUAGGAAUACUACUACUAAUAAUAAUCUAGAUGAUUUUGGUUUACCAUUAAAUUAUAGAAUUAAUAGUUACAACACUACUGCUCGUAUGGCUGCUUUGGGUAUGAAUGAUUAUGGGGUUGAUACUACUAGUAUGUUGACUCAGGGUUUAAGAGGAGGUUUUAUGAACAGUGAUUUUGGUCUUUAUAGAGGGAAUUCUUUGUAUCCUGCUAUGCCUAUUAUGCCAAGUUCAAGAUUGUACACUGAAGAGCUUACUAGUAGUAGAUCAAGGAUGAGAAAAUUGACCAACCAUGUCAAUGGGUUUGUUGGGAGGAAUCAUGGUCGAUUAAACAGGUCUAGUGUUCUUUCUAGUACUCUUAUCAGUACUAAUGUUGAGGAGGAAGAGGAUAGGACCAGGAGGAAUGCUGAGUGUUUUGAAAAUAUUAAGUGGAAUCAACAGAAUUGGAGUUUGUUAAUAGAUAUGGCUAAAGAUCAAAAUGGGUCUAAGUUUAUACAGGGAAAAUUGGAGACUGGAAGUUAUCAAGAUAUUCAGUUCAUUAUUACUGUAUUGACUACUGAUAUUAAGAAGCUUGUGGUCAAUUCUGCUGGGAAUUUUCUUGUACAGAAGAUGUUUUUGAAGUGUACUGAAGCACAGAUUGGUGAGAUUGUUAAUAUACUGACCAACAAUGGACAUGAACUCAUUAAUAUUUGCCUCGAUGAUCAUGGGUACGGGACUAGGUCUGUGCAGAAAUUGUUGGAAAGCUUGACAUCGGAACAACAUAUAACCAAAGUUUUGAAUGUGCUGAGUAAAGGUACUGUUGAAUUGACCAAGGACACAAAUGGUCACCAUGUGAUCCAACGAUGCUUGAAGACUUUCUCAAAUGAAGAGAAUAAGCAUCUUUUCCGUGCUUUAGCAAGACACUGUGUUGACAUUGCUAGAGACCGCAAUGGGUGUUGCGUUUUGCAGCAGUUUAUACUGAAAAUAGAUGAACAUCUCCGAGAUCACUUUGUUGGUGAAAUAACACAAAAUGCGCUGGUUUUAGCACAAGAUCCAUAUGGCAACUAUGUUGUGCAAUAUGUAGUGGGUCAGAAGAUAAAGGAGACCACAAGGGCUCUUGUGAAGAAUCUGAAAGGACAUUUUGAGACCCUGUCAACAAAUAAGUUUAGCAGCCAUCUGGUUGAGAAGUUCUUGAAAGAAUCUGAUGAUGAGUUCGUUAUUAAGUUUAUCAUUGACGAGCUGAUCAAUAAGUCUAACAUUCUGAUGCUUCUUCAAGAUCAGUAUGCCAACUUUGUUAUGCAGUCAGCUUUGGAUGUUGCUAAGGAGGUUUCCAUGUUCAAUCUGAUAGUCAAUGUUAUUGAGAUGCAUUACCAGUCUCUGCGCAACCAUCCUUAUGGAAAACGUGUUGUACUACAUAUGAAUCAGCUCAUCAGGGACCAGCAGUACAACCACCAUCAUCUCACCAGCUCCAGCACCAUAUAUAAACAUGUACAAGUGUAGAGAGACUGAUGGGGAUGGUAGAGAGGCUGCAUAGAAGAGAUUUUCUGGGGUUUCAGCUUUUGAGUGAAUAGCUAGUUUGUUUUGUUCGUAUUUUGGUCAGUCUUUAGGUGUGUCACUAUUAGGGUCUUUAUGUUAUUGUUGUCUGUUUUAUUACUAUUUUUUUCAGGAAGGCCAGGAAGUGAGUGAGCUGUUAGCUGUGAAUUUUUUCAGUCAAUAAUUUUGCUCUGCAGGAGAGCUAUUGAAGUUUGUGGGGGUAGAGCCGUGUACACAAUGACAAAACCAUCUGAUGGAAGAUGUAAAGAGACGGUCUGGUGUGGUGCUCACAGAACUGUAUAUUCAUUCACAAGGUCUUCCCGCUACUGUUGCUUGUUAUAGAUUAUUUUUUGAUGAGUCUAUCAUUUCUUCAUUUUCUUAGAUAUUGUGUUAUAGCUUUCUUUUGGCCUCGAAUUCUGCAAUUUAUUUGUUUGACUACUAUUCUUAUUGUUGCUUCUUAAUGCACA